AUGGAUGCCCGUAGCGAAAUGAACAUCGACGAAAUAUUAAGAACACUUAUAGGUACCCUCGUCGACGAAAUACUAAGAACACUUAUAGGUACCCUCGUCGACGAAUGCAUGACCGACGAGGAAGACAGGACAAUUGAAGACAUCGUAACCACUCUCAUGGAAGAGAUCAUGGACGCUGUGUUCAUCGACGAGGUAACUCCGGACACGAAGGCCGGCGGAGGUGUCCCGACGAUGGUCGCCGAAACAGAGGUCGAUGAGACAACGGUCGCCGAGACAAAGGUCGACGAAAAGUUGGUCACGUAUGCUGAGGCUGAUUCAGAGGCGGACUGGCCAGGUGGGACGGUAGGAAAAGUCCUACUGGGCCGCAGGCUUUCUAAGGCCGCCGGGCCGAACCAUGUAAAUUUAAAAUUUAAAUAUUUUAACUAA